GCGUUGACAAGCAGCUGGGACAGCGACAGACUGUAGUGAGCCACUCGCACUGGCAUCUAUCCGAAUCGGAAAACGGCGCGCAUAACUGAUAGAUCAGGCGGACGGUGGUAAAACGGAUGUUCUGGGUCCAGGCUGGCCCAGGCUCCGAGGUGGCGCUCGCUCGAAGAGGAUGUGAGUGGCAAGAGCGUACACAUGAUGUAUGUACUGCCAGUGAGCACUCUUCAUGGGUUCAUUGAAACGUGCGAGAUGCCGGGAAGCUAAAACACGGUGCCUCGCCAUCGCCUUGCCUUUAAUUACGUGGGAGGAAAUGAAGGGCGAGAUGCAGGAUCAACCCCGUCAAGUAGCCUCGUAUGACGAGCUUCAAGCGAUUUCGAAGCGGCGGGAUGGAUGGGAGACGGUCACGUUUGAUGGAUCAGGUUAUUUGGUCAGCCGAUCACAAUCCGCUAACAGUCGCAAGAGUGCUUGUACUUGUACUUACUUGUACCUGCGCACGACGCUGCUUCCCUGUCGUGUAUAUCACGGCCCCUCUUUCCACCUCCCACCCCGCACUCUUCCCCUCUUCUCACCCCGCACGCCCUGAUUCCGUGUAAACUCUUUCAAAGUUUCGCACAUCGCAGUGAUCACCACUAGGCCUCCCCCGCCUGAUCACGAUCCACCCUCCCGGACCUUGUAACCACUCUUGCACUCACCCAAUUACACGACCGACUAUGAUUCGCUUCGACUCUUUGUCACCGGAAGUCAUGCAGGCGAUGUGCACCCCCAUGCACGAGAUCCUCCCGCGCGCGGCGAUGCCCUCGCCCCCGCCUCACCCUCCACGGGCUUCAGGCGCGCUCUAUCUUGGCUCGCUCUCCGCCGUCAACGACCACGCGCUGCUCCGCCAACACGGCGUCACGCAUCUCGUGCAGGCGAUCGAGGCCUCGUGGGCGCCCCCAUGCCGCCCGGAGGACGGCUUCAGCGCUUAUUCGAUUGAUAUACGAGAUAAAGAGACCGUCGACAUCGCCCCCUACCUCGAGGCCGCGUGUAUCUGGAUUGAGAAGGCGCUGAGCAGGGGCGAGGGCGUGCUCGUGCACUGCCAACAGGGUGUCUCCCGUUCGCCGUCCAUCAUCAUUGCGUACCUCAUCCGUAAUCACGGCAUGAGCUAUGAUGCUGCCUUGGCACAUGUCAAGCGGAGACGUGCUUGUGCGAAGCCCAAUCCCGGGUUCGCACGGGCGCUCAUGGAGUGGGAGGCCAUGUGGAAAGCACGACCUGGGAUGAUGCGGAGGUUUACCGCGUAGAGCGUUCCAUGCCGCUGUAUCAGUAUCACCUCUCUAGCGAGGCCCCGUUCGGCCUUGUUCAAAAGCCUUUACCAACACGUUCAUUCGCUCUUGUUUCUUCUUUUUGGGCAUUCCGAUCGACAUCCAGCCACCAUUCGUCCCCCAUCCUUCGUCCUCUUACCCUCAUCAUCCUUUGGAAUCCUUCUACUUUCUAUUGUACCUCACGUAUCUAUGACCGCUAGUUACACACAGCCGGACUUUCGCUCAUUAUCCGUCAUUCUUCCCACGUAACCCUCACCCCUGCUCCACGGCAUCUCCUUCCGUUCCCUCGCACGGCAUCCGCUGUCGCACCUCAUCCCUCGGCCAUCCCCCCGCAUCUGGGCCUCGUCCAUUUGCCUUUAGCCUCGAUUGCAGUCGGCGAAGGUUCCUCGAGCUCAGGCACCCCCGGAUCAGUCGCUGGCCAGCCUGCGAAGCAUCCCAAGGAUCAUUCAUCGCGUCAUCUUUCGGGCCCGAUGGACAUGAUCUCAUCUGUGUCGUUGGCAGACCUGUGAUGAUUGGGUACGCAACGUUGGAGCUCGUCCAUCUCCGUCCUAGAUCUCCUACCUCCGUUUCACCUCUCCCCUGCUCCAUCUACAUGCGACAUACCUACCACUACACUACACACACCCUCGCCCCCUCCGCCCUCCUCGCUCUGUUUUACUCGCUUGUCGCACCCUUUGGGCUGUUGUUGUCAUUUUCUGGAUCUCCUUUAAACUAUCUUCCUGCUGAUCUUAUUUCGGCCGGCCUGUAACAGGCAUUUUAACUCUGCGUGAGAGAAAGAGGGAUAUCCGAUUCCUUGGAUCACGCUGUAUUGCCUAAGCUGUUCUGGGGACCUCAUGUCGGUAUCGAUCAGUGAAGGAACCCUCGUCUAUAGACUACGAACUCGUGUGUGUGAGUAAUUCGCUGGCCACAAUAUUUUACAGAGCCAUGGCUACUUCUCACAUGAAGACCGCGUAUCCUGUACAAUAUACAUCUGUAGUGACACGAACUCUGCAUGAAACGACGCAUCAGCGUCUCACCCUAACCAUAGUCUCCCUAAGGCAUCCGCUGCGAUUCAGCACGCUCGUGCCUCACAGGCUGAUCUG